AUGUCUUGCCGUAUCAGAAAAAACGAGAUUCCAAAAGUUUCUUUGUCAAAAAUUGAUUAUGAAAACUAUAAAAACAAAUUUCCAAGUCUUUUAAAAGCCAUUAAAGACGAAAAUAAUUUUACAAACUAUUUUUUUACGGCUGCACAUAUUUAUGCCAAUAAAUUGGAAUCAAAAAAGAUCAUUGAUAAUGUAAAUCCUAACCCAAACAAAAACACCCAAAUUACUAUCGAUGUUGAUAAAUUUUCAUUGAAUGACUCAGAUUCUGUCUCAGAAUCUUCCACAUCUGACAAUGAACAUGAUAAACGACAAUUGCGAUAUGAUCAACAGUUAAUCGCUAACAAAAUUGCUGUUCAAACAAAAUCAAAUAAUAGCUGUCUACAACCCACCAAUACCAAUAACGUUUGGCAACAUAAUAUAAAUACUAUUAAUAAUGUCUGGAAAUCAGUACACAAAACAUAUGUUAAUGUACUACACAAAACAUUACUCGAAAAAGAGCUUAAAUCCACUAAUAAAAAACUUGUAGUAACCGAAAAAGAGCUAGAAUCUACUAAUGAAAAACUUGCAAUAAUCGAAAAGGAGCUAAAAUCUACUAAAAAAAAACCACCAAAAGAAAAUCUUAAUUCGCGUCAAGAAGCAUCUAAUCCUUGUAGCGAUGAUGGGCAUAUUUCGAUAUUAGAUAAUCAACAAGAUAAUCCUGAUCCUCAUCAACAAGAAAUUCCUAAUUCGUGCCAAGAAACACCUACUCCUAAUUCUCAUAGCGAUCAGGAUAAUCAAAAUAAAGAAAUUUACUAUAAUAAUUUAUAUCCAAUUUCUUUUCAGUCAUCACUGAAAAAUGAAUAUUCAUUACCCAAUUCUUUAAAUGAAAAUAUCUUAUUUUUUUCUCAAGACACAAUUAUUUCUGAUUCUUCUGAAGAUUUUUUGGCCAGUGAAUCACCAACAUUUGAACUUGAAGUUUUCAAAAACAAUGUUAACUAUUUUAAUUUUGCCACAAUUCCUUCAGAAGAUUUAUUGACCAUGAAUGAAUUAAAAAAAAUUGGUGACAAAAUCAAUGCUCUUGAUUUACUUGUUGUUUCAGUUAUUUGUUCUGGUGGGUUAUUUGUUAAGUUAGCCUUAUCACCAACAUACUCAGAACCAGGGAUAUCAGAAGAAGCAGCAACAGAGCUCACAGCCGUGAAAGAAGAAGCAGCAACAGAGGUCACAGCCACAACUGAAGAA